AUGCCGAUGAGAGUGCAACUUGUACAGCAGCUACGGUGUUUAUCGAAGGAGUUGUUGACACAGCUCCCUCAAUUAGGAGCUGUUUUUAGCUUUCACCUUAUGUCAAGCGACGAAGGUCCAGGGCGUUGCACUCGAUAUUGGCUCUAUGGUGGCGUCUUGGAAGAGCUGCUUUUUCUGGAAUUGUUCGCCGAAGUUGCCAUACUGGUCGGCGGAUAA